AUGUUUUUUUUGUACACGUGGCAUAUUUUUUUACACAUCAUAUUAUCACCUUUUAAACUUUCCCUUUUAAUGGGGCCCACAUGACUUUUUUUAACUUUUCUUAUUCUUUCUCUUUCUCCUCUCUUCCCUUCUUCUUCAUCCUCUCAAACCCAGAUUUGGGUUCUUUCAACCCAAUAAGGACAAUCGAUGGCAUGUCCACUUCGGCCUUGGGCUUCCAAGUUUUGCUGCUUCAGCGGCCGAGUUCUCUGACUGCUCAAGCCUGAUGGAGCUAGCCUACUCCCUGCUCCGAUGACCCCAUGAGGUCUGUCAGCAACUAGGCCCUUCAGGUGCCUUUUUUGGGUUUUUGUUUUCUGUUUGUUUUCUUUGUUUCCUGUUUCUGUGUGUUGCCCACUUGCCUGCAUGUCUCGCGGCUCCUUGCUCCCUCACGCAAAUCUACCAAGCUAGCUAGAUUGGUGGCGGAACAUGAAGAGGGAGAUAGCUAGAUUUGUCUUACAAUGCCUGACUUGCCAAAAAGUCAAGGCUGAACACCAGAGACUUCCUGGGAAACUACAGCCGUUACCUAUUCCUCAGUGGAAGUGGGAAAACAUCACCAUGGACUUUGUGACUGGCUUACCACGAACCUUAAAGGGUAAUGAUUCCAUUUGGGUCAUCGUUGAUCGAUUGACUAAAUCAGCUCACUUCUUACCUUACCAGACUGGCACCUCUAUUGAAAAGCUUGCAGCAAGCACUUGGUACUCAAUUGAAUUUCAGCACGGCUUUUCAUCCUCAAACUGAUGGGCAAUCUGAGAGAACUAUUCAGAUACUUGAGGACAUGUUGAGGGCUUGUGUGCUAGAUUGGAAGGGUUGGUGGGAUCAACACUUAUCCAUGGCUAAGUUCGCAUAUAAUAACAGUUAUCAAUCCAG